ACCUCGACGGCACGAACAUCGAACGUCGCGCGCCUGGGGUCGACGUCCACCUCGCGGAUGCUGCCAGACAUCGCCCAUGUGUGGGCUAGCCUUUAGGACCAGAAACAGCCCCUCUCAAAAGACAUCGUUGCGUUGGGGCGACUGCUGUCACUCGACACAUACCGAUAUUAAUAUAUAACGGUUAACUAUUUAUAAGAAACCUUCGCAAGGUUGUUAAGCAGUCACCUCCUGGAUAUUUUUGUACAGAUUUAGAAAAUGAUUAACAUAGCAGGAGUGAUAUCUAUAAUUCUUUUCUACAUUUUGAUUUUGGGCGUCGGCAUCUGGGCUGGAAGAAAAAAGGAAGAGGGCAAUGACUCCGAAGAAGAGGUCAUGUUGGCAGGCCGGAACAUCGGCUUGUUCGUCGGGAUAUUCACUAUGACAGCAACAUGGGUCGGAGGAGGCUACAUAAAUGGAACAGCUGAAGCGAUAUACACGAGGGGCUUGGUGUGGUGCCAGGCGCCUUUUGGAUACUCCCUUAGUCUCAUUUUUGGUGGAAUUUUCUUUGCCAACAAGAUGCGAAAGCAAGGCUACAUCACCAUGUUGGAUCCACUGCAAGACUUGUUCGGAGAGAGGAUGGGAGGUCUGCUGUUCUUACCUGCACUCUGUGGAGAGGUAUUCUGGGCAGCUGGCAUCCUGGCAGCUCUGGGUGCGACGAUCAGCGUGAUCAUUGACAUGGACCACCGAACCUCGGUCAUCUUCAGCGCAUGCGUGGCGGUGUUCUACACGCUUUUCGGCGGUUUGUACGCAGUCGCGUACACUGACGUAAUCCAGCUGUUCUGCAUCUUCAUCGGUCUGUGGAUGUGCAUCCCGUUCGCCUGGUCCAAUGAGCAUGUGCAGAGUCUCAAGGGGAUGGACGUCGAUUGGAUAGGAAGCGUUGAGUCUAGGGAGAUCUUCUCCUAUAUCGAUUAUGGACUCCUGUUGAUCUUCGGUGGCAUUCCCUGGCAGGUAUACUUUCAACGAGUGCUGUCAAGUAAAUCAGCAGGAAGGGCUCAGUUGCUAUCAUAUGUGGCUGCUUUUGGUUGUGUACUCAUGGCCAUACCACCAGUUCUCAUUGGAGCCAUCGCCAAAGGAACCUACUGGAAUGAGACUGACUACAAAGGCCCUUACCCCUUGACAGAAGAGCAAACCAGCCAAAUUCUACCUAUGGUGUUGCAAUAUCUUACACCCAGCUUCGUCAGCUUCUUCGGAUUGGGAGCAGUAUCAGCUGCGGUGAUGUCUUCAGCAGAUUCUAGCGUAUUAUCUGCCAGCUCCAUGUUCGCCCGAAAUGUCUACAAGCUGAUCUUCAGGCAGAAGGCUUCCGAAAUGGAGAUCAUCUGGGUCAUGAGGGUCUCCAUUCUGAUCGUAGGCUUCUUGGCCACAGUUAUGGCACUAACUAUACCAUCCAUUUAUGGCUUAUGGUCAAUGUGUUCCGACUUAGUGUACGUGAUCCUGUUCCCGCAACUGUUGAUGGUGGUCCACUUCAAACAUCACUGCAACACGUACGGCAGCCUAGCAGCUUAUAUCAUCGCGUUUCUAGUGAGAGUUUCAGGCGGAGAACCCCUUAUGUUUCUACCUCCUCUCAUCAAGUACCCUGGGUACGAUGAGGAAACUCAAACGCAGAUGUUUCCUUUCCGAACGAUGGCAAUGUUGUUGUCUCUGAUAACGCUGGCAUCGGUUUCGUGGUGGACCAAAUGGGUGUUUGAAACAGGCCGGUUGGCCCCGGGUUACGACAUCUUUCAUUGUGUCGUCAACAUCCCAGAAGAUAUUCAGAGAGUUGGAGAGCCUAGUGAGGAGGGAGAGCAGAUGUCUAUGAUGGCUUCUGGAGCAAUGGGUAAAUUAUAUGGGGCUGCAACUAUGGUGGGAAAGGACGAGAGAAACGGCAGGAUCAAUCCUGCUUUGGAGACAGACGAAGAUGAUAUUCCGACAAGUCAAGCGCUCAUAGGCAACAACCCAGGCCAUUCUGGUGGAGGUAUAAGCAGAAUGGGAGCCACACAUCCUGUGGACAGCAGCCAAACCACGCUAUAAGAUGAAAUGUAAGUUAUUUGGAUUUCUGUUUUCAUUCGACAAUGACAGGUUAUGAUGGAACUCAUAGUUCAGUGGCACCUGAGUUUAGCAAUUAAAAAAAAGUGUUCAAGUUAUUUCCGCAUACAACUACGAAUUCAUGUGAGACCAAAUACUCGCAUUUCUUAGAUACUGCAAGCAUACAAAUUCUAACGCUCUAUAAAUCAAGAACAAAAAUUCUGAUUUAUGUGCUAAUGCUAGUGCUUCUCCUAAUAAUAGAGGCUAUAAAAUGUUGAAUGAAAACGGUUUUCUAAUACAGCUCCUAGUUUUUUUGCUUCUUGGAGGAAAGGUAUCUGAUACAGGUUUCGAAUGAUUAUCAUGCAUGUAUAUACCUGUGUAGAAAGACAUAGUUUUAGAUCACCCUGUAUAUAUAAAGUAUUAUAAAUACUGCUUAAACGUCCAUUCGCGGAGGCGAAGUCUAUUCCUAGUUUCUUCAAGAAAAUGUAAUUGAUAAAUAACAGAAUAUCUGAAAACAUAUUGUCAAAGAAUAAUAUAAUGAUGUUAGUUGAACAUCUAGUUGAAAGAAGUAAUAUUCUGGAAUACGCAGUUUAGUUCAAAUUAUGAAAUAAGUUCUAAAUACAUUGCACUCUUGUAUCUACGAGUAUGUGUCAAAAUGAUCGAUCACCAGUAUUUUCUUCUCUGGAUAUAAUACUGAACAAUCCUCCAUGUCGAUCAUUUUGCGUGUAUUGAUAGAAACAGAAACAUGUUCCAGUCCGAUUAAGUGGUUCCGGAGUUAUUUAGAAAAAAAUUGUUGAUAAACAAAUGAGUUUUAGUGAAGAUGUAUUUUCAUGCGUUUAUUCCAAUUCUUAAUUAUGUUGGGAAUAUUAAUGUACCUUUCCUCCAGGAAGAAUCUAACUAGCUGAUUUGGCUUUCUGAAUUAUGUCAUUAUUUGCAAUAAAUAUUUUCGAAAGGCUUAUUUCUUAGAUACCCUCCCUGAACCGAAGCCACUACUCACCGAUAAUGUCCACUAUUUCAUAGAAUGUGUGUCAUUAUACACAAUUUUAAUACAUAAUGAUACACAUGAUCCAAUUCGUUAUCACAUUGUAUUCAUAAUAUGUACUUGGUUUACCCUAAGUCAUUUUACCAGAUAGUUGAUAUUCUUAAUAACAUAUAUCUCAACUUAAUGCGCUAAAACUAUAUGCGAACUAGGUAGUGGCACCGUAGGAAAGGAUAGAUAGAUUCAUACCUAGAUCACGAAAAUUUCGUGAGGCGUUAGUGGUUUGAUGAAAGGUUAACUGCAAUAUGAUUGUGCAUCUUAAGAACAAAAAUAAACAACUAUGAUCUAUGAUUAUUCGACACCAAAAAUGUAAACAGCAUAUUAUAUUAUUAACAGUGAUAAAGUCAUGAUCGGUAAGUUCUAUAGAAACCACUAUACAUAACAUAGUGACAUGUAUGGAAUAGCCGCAUAUAUAGGUUGUCGCAAUAUAUUGUAACCGUUAGCACGAUGAUGUUCGAAUAAUUAUACAGGGUGUUUCAGUUUAUUGUUGCAUAACUUUAAGAUUCGAUAGAACUUUUAAAAUUAAUGCAUAAAGUCUAUAUAAACAUG